AUGACUCGAAGAGCAGACGAGACUUACUGUGCUCAACAUAUUCUUCUGGUAAAGGAUUCAGUCAACGGACGGAAGCGAGUACCAUGUCCUCUUGAUAAAGGUCAUAGCGUCUGGGCAGAUCAGCUAAAACACCACAUGGAAAAAUGUCGAGCCAAACCCAAAGACUCUGAAGACGUGUGGUAUAACGAAGAUAUGAACAUUACUGACAAAGAAUAUAAAGAGAAGGGUAACAAGAACGUCACCAAAGGUCCAGUAGAUGUAACCAAAUGGAUUCCCAUCUUGACAGAACUGUACGAACGAGAGGUCAAGCAACAUCCGGUUACUCGAGAUAUUAGACAGAACGACGGACUCAAACUCCGGUUACAGGAACUGGAAAACAAGAAACAUGCUAUACAACAAUCGUCUUUGAUUGGACAUAUGGCAGAUAGUGGUCUAUUAUACGACGACGAAAGUGGUGCAGAUACCCUGAUUAUAGAGUUUGGGUGUGGAAGAGCAGAGCUGUCGCGAUAUAUAUACAGAUCACAAUUAUUAAACCACCUUCAACGGAUUGAAAACAAGACGUCAGAAACAAGUAAAAAACCGAAACUUCCCAAAAGCAAGUUCCUGCUGGUAGAUAGAUCCAAACCGAGAAUGAAGCUUGACUGUAAACUAACAGAAGAAUAUGAAACAUUCAAGCAAAUCCACAGUACUGUCUCUGAUAUUGAAAAAGUAUUAGAACCAGAAUACGCACGACUGAAGAUAGAUAUCAAAGAUCUUGACCUCGACAAGUCACCUUUUAUCGCCCAAUCAUCAAACACAGAGAAAUUAAAAGUGACGGCGGUAUCGAAGCAUUUGUGUGGUUGUGCUACUGAUCUUACUUUAGCCUGUCUCAAGAACAGUCAUCUCACCCAACAAGACAAUCCAGCCAGGCUCCAUGGAGUAGUUAUCGCUCUUUGUUGUCGACAGCUUUGUAGCUACGAGACAUAUCCCCUUGCAGGACGAGACUGGCUAAUAGCUAACGAAAUCGGAGCUGAAGGAUUCCGAGCUAUAACUCGCCUGACGUCGUGGGCAGUUUGUGGAACUCGGGAAAAAAAACCGAAAGCUGAUGGAAAAAACAACCAGGAAGAUCAGAAUACAGAACAGGCGAUAGAAAUUAAAGAAAACGGUAUAGCCGCUGAAGGAAAUCAAGCAUUGGAAAGCAAAAACGAUACAAACAGAGUCGAAGCCACUGUAGACACAGAAGAAACGACAAGCACAGAAUAUACAGACAGCAAAGAAGACACGAACGGGUUAACCACGCUGCGAAUGACAGAAGAAGAGCGAGAGAGAAUCGGGCUCAUGGCACGUCGAGUAAUCGACUACGGGAGAGUUAAAUCGUUACAACAACUGGGCUACAAGGCACAAGUUGUCGAGUACGUUGACAAAUCCAUCUCCCUCGAGAACCACUGUCUGGUCGUGACAGGAAUCCAGUAA